GAAUGCUGGUGGGCUCUGCUGCCCUCUCCGUGCCCGGAAGGAUUAGGGGAGACGUGGGUGACCGACAGGAGCCCGAGGCAGAAUUAAGCUUGUUUAUCAGUGCUGAAUCUGCGCAAUAGAAUAUAAAGGGGAACGGAUCAGCAGUACCAACCAUGUCUAUUAUGGACCAUAAUCCCACCACUGGAGUAGUUACAGUAAUCGUCAUCCUCAUCGCCAUUGCAGCCCUCGGUGCCUUAAUACUGGGCUGCUGGUGUUACUUACGUCUACAGAAGAUCAGCCAGUCCGAGGAUGAGGAGAGUAUUGUGGGCGAAGGGGAAACCAAAGAGCCAUUUCUCCUGGUUCAGUACUCUGCCACAGGACCUCGCGUGGAGAAAAAGACUAAGCUGACUCCUAAUGGCACCGAGUCUCAUAGCUAAGUCUCUGCUGUCUCGGAGUCCACAAAGCGACGGUUCUAUAAAGCAGAACUAAUACUGUGAAGAAGAGAAAAAUAGAAACCCAUUUUGUAGUUGUGACAGCAGAAUCCCACACUGACAAUGCAUGCACGGAAUACUCAUUCCUGUGAUCCUCUGAUAAACGCGUACUUGAAUGUCAUCUGAUUGGAAAUCUCCCCCAGAAUGUGAACUGUUCUCUGAACAAAUGUAAAUAGUUGCCUGUUCUUUCUUUCUUUCUUUCUUUUUUAUUACAGCAUUGUAUGAAGUCGAUAUUGCUUCUGAUGGAGCUGAAGGCACAGAGAUCCACUCUGAAGCUUCUUUGGAAAUGGACUGAAGUUUCCAUAGUUGUGCAUUUGGUGGUUUUUAACACUAAGGAGGCUCAGCAUGGCUCGAUGGAAGAUUAACUUAGCUUUAAGCCUUUAACUGCAGUGAAUCUGCCGCUUGCAGUGGGUUUCAAUAUGGAGCUGGUGACAUGGAACAUGUGUUCUAAGAGGCUUCUCCACAUUGAAGUGGCAGAUGAGCAGUUGUAAGAUUUCCCCACCCCUUUUUUUUAAAGUCUUUUAGAUUUUCACUACAAAACCUACAAUCUGUCAUUAACCAAGUUAAAGGAGAACUAAACCCUAAAAAUGAAAGACUAAAAAUGCCAUAUUUCUAUACUUACCUUAUUGCACCAGCCUAACGUUUCAGCUUGUCAAUAGCAGCAAUGAUCCAGGACUUCAAACUUGUCAGGGGGUCACCAUCUUGGAAAGUGUCUGACACUCACAUGCUCAGUGGGUUCUGAGCAGCUGUUGAGAAGCUAAGCUUAGGGGUCAUCACAAAUUAUCAAAAAGAAAAUGAGGUUUGUCUGUAAUAUAAGCUGAUGCUACAGGGCUGAUUAUUAAAUUCUGAUGCUAGUUGCACUGGUUUCUGUGCUGUCAUGUAGUAGUUAUCUGUAUUAAUUAAUAAUCAUCCUUAUAUUGACAUUUAUAUUCUGUGUGUACUGUAUAUUGUGAGUUGAUCCCUAAGCUCAGUAAAGCUGGCCAUAGAUGCAAAGAUCCGAUUGUACGAAUCAUCGUACGAUCGGACUUUCCCAUCUCCCGACCCACCACUAACCAUUCAGAUCAAAGUCUUACCAGUCAGAUUUGUUAAAGAACAGAUCAGCAAUGUUCUGCCCCUGACAGCAAUCGUACGAUAUCUAUGUCCAACCAAAGCUAGUGACAGUCUCCCACUGAAAAUCGUACGAUCGGCAAUACACGCAGAGAUAUUAUCGGCAGCCGACAGAAAUUUUCUAACCUGUCCAAUCGACCAAACGACCGAUCUCCGCCGGGCGAAAAAUGUCGGGACUCUCCACACACGUUCCGAAAAUCGUACGAAUCCUCGAUUCGUACAAUCAGAUCUUUGCGUCUAUGGCCAGCUUAAGUGACAGCAGCACAGAGCAUGUGCAGUGAAUCAACAAAAAAGAAGAUGGAGAACUACUGCGGCAUCUUUGGAGACACAGAUCUUAACUGCUAAAGGGCAGUGGUUGCCUUGGGCUGGUACAGAAGCACAAAACAUAAUGUACGAUAUAUCUAGCUACUUCUUUAGUUAAGCUUUAGUUCUCCUUUAAAGAAAUUUCACAUUGAUGUGGCACAAACAAUUGUUGUUUCCAUAGCACUGUUUGUUUUUAAAACAAUUAGGGACGCAGUUCCACUCUGCAUGGCCCCCAGGCAGUUUUUAUUUUUCUUUCUAGUCUACUUCAGAGUUGGAAUGAGUUUGGGUAUUCUGGAUACCCAAUGACCAACUUGAUAGACUUAAAUACAUGAAAUGAAUAAAACACGUGCCUGGUUUUAAAACAUUUACCAACUGUUUCUGACUGUGGUUCAUUAUUAUGGUGUAGGGCAAAACAGAUGUUUGACCCACCUGUGCUCAUAAACCAAAAGAAUGGCCUUAGUUUUAGAAGCUUGUGGGGUUCUGCUCAGAAACACUCACUUUGGGGGUGUUCCAAGCCGCCCUCAUCCAUCAACACCAGCAUAAGCCAUUCUUAUGAACGGGAAGCAACGUCUAAUGGGAAAAUGUGUUUUAAUAGUUGUGCUUCUCCCUUAGAGCACUGCACAAUUCAAAAUGCCCAGAUUACCCUUAGAUUCAAGUCUCUUUAUUCUGUGUUGUCUUCUUGAUUUGUACUGAACAAACAGUCUAGAUGUCAUGCUCUGUAGAAUUGUUUAUGAAUUGCACCCCAAAGUGACACCCACAUAACGUCGUAUAUGCUGUCGUCCCACACGUGGAGAGACUUUUAAUUGCACUGAAAACAUUUACAUUUGUUCUAAAUGAUUAAAUCAUUGUGAUUUGCAGAA